AUGAAAGAAGUGUUGGAGAUACCUGAGACGAGCAAAGUUCAGCGCUCGCUUUCGUUCAACGGGGAGACCGAGAAGAAGGAUGACGUCUGUGUCGAGGAAAAGGAUGGUGAAGGGACGAAGGAUGACGUGGUUGUCGAGGAAAAGGAUGGUGAAGGGACGAAGGAUCAAUUGGAAGAGGAUGUUGAUGAUGUAGAGAGUGUCCCUUCACUUAAUCUAUCAGAAGAGAAGGUCGUUGUUCCAACUAAGGUGGUUGUUUCUGAUGAUUCGUUUGAGGUUAUGAACUUUUGGGGAGAAGAUCUCCCCGCUAUUGUAAAAGAGGAAGUUGAGCAGGCAGUGAAGGAUGAUUUUGAUGAUCUUUUGCGUUCGAAAGAUUCAAAGAAUCUGGAGGGAAGUGAAGUGUUAGCCCAUUUUGGGAAGGUUGAGGUCGAGCGGAUGUAUUUCAAAUGCAUGAAACCGGAGACCGAUAUAUCACACAGUCUCAUUGAUUGCUUUGCUCAAAUCAUGAAUUUUCGAGAGAAGAAGCGCAACGGCAUUGGAAGUAAGAGAACUUGGUUUAUGCCCACCAGAAUUUCGAGCAAGUUACUUGGAAGAUCGAUGACUGUGGAGAGGAUGGCGAAGCAGCAAGAGUGGUCCACUCUUUAUUACGAUGCAGAUUUGAGUUUAUGUCACACUAUGGUGGUACCCCUACUGGAUACCGAGAGUGCUCCGCACUGGUUUGCGGCGAAUGUGAGCAUGGUUAAUACAACAGUGGAAAUUAGGGACUCGUUGUCUUCUGCAAUGCAUAAGAGGUCACGUCGGAGCACCAGCGUAGAGAUGGUAGGCACCUCCAGACUUUGGACCAAUUGUUUGCCCCUGUCAAGCCAUGAACUGAAUUUCGCCGAGUUUGUAAUUAUUUCUUCAAGCAAGGACUACCCACAACAACAAAAUGGCCACGAUUGUGGAAUGUUUGUAAUGAAGUACAUGGAAUCACUGUUCGAGGAAAAUGAAAUAUUGGAAGAGUUUGAUCCUAUUGAAGCGAGACUGGAUUGUGUUGGGAAAAUUGUCACCCACGAGAGUAACAAGGCUAAACAUGCUGUGAUGGAGGGAGUUAAGAAGCAAUUUGGAUUGAGCAAAACCAAAGUUCUUCCAUCAACAUCUACAACUAUAGCAUUACGUAGUCCAUCAAGGUCUCCUCGAGACCCCCGAUUCAAAGACUCGAAGGCCGUGUCAGAAAACAUGUGGACUGGCAAGAGCAAGUCCCCGAAAACACGUCAUUCUAAAAGGCUGGCCAUAAGUAACAAGUAG